GUCAUAACUGUGGAGUGUAUUGUUCCGUUUAUCCGUAAACCGCGGUGAAACAAUGAAUCAGCAAUUUUCAGUACUAUAUUUAUUAUAUUAUAUCUUGAUCUUGGCUGAAAAUUCAACAACAGUAUUGAAUAAUGUAUUUCAAAGUAAUCCAAUAAAAAUGGAAAACGAUCAUUCAACAAUAAAAAUGAAAACAAUGUUUUUGAAUAAAAAAUUUAUCAAUUUUAACAGAACAAAGAAUUUAAAUACACUUGACUCCACAUGGAUCAAUAGUAUUUUACCUGUUACGUCUGUAGUAACUUCUUCUCAAAUAAAUCGUUUUCCAAGACAUGUGCAACAAGUUUCUAAUAUAAGUAAUAACGAAGAUACGGAAUCUAAGCGAUAUAUAAAAGUAAUAUUAGAUUUAAAACCUGAUAACUAUGAUGAUAUGUAUGAUUAUUAUGACGAUGGAAAAUAUAAUGACAAUCGAAGGAAAAAAAUUAAUGGUCUAAUUGAUGAUUUAAAUUUACAUAGGGAAAUAGAACAAAAUUCUAAACAAAUAACAAGAAAUUUUAACGAAUCUCAAGAAAGAAAAAGAUGUACUAAGAAAAUUACUCAAAAUGAAGGUUCUAUAAACCACCAGCAACCUCAGAAACUUCUUUUAACAAAUAUCGAAAAUGGAAUAGAACCAACAAUUAAAUGUACGGAUUGUGUACUUUUAAAACCAAGUAUAAAUUUAGAAGAAUCCAAAAAUAAUUAUAAUAGUAAUUUACAAUUAGAAAAAAUGGACGAUGAUUACUUUAUUAAAGUUUUGAAUCAAGUAAUUGAUAAAAUAAAUAAAUCAAAAAAUUUAAAAUCUAAUUUAUUUAAAAAUCUACCAAUACAAACAAGUAUUGAGCCAUCUAUAAUUGAAAAUCAAAAUACAAAUAGUUCUUCUGGAGAAGAAACGAUAAUUAAAUUUGAAAAAAUAAAAGGAAAUCAUAUUGUAAAUAAACUCGAAUCUAGUCCCGAAAAUACUUUUGUAAAUGGAAAUUGGGUAAGAAAAAAAAUAAUAGAAAAUAAAAUGAAUGAUUGUAAACCUAUAGUAAAUGAUCGUAAGAAUGAGUUAAAUGAUAAAAAUGAAUCAAUUUCGGAUAAUAACAUGGAACAAUUAAAUUUUAAAGAUUUGAAAAAUCAAGUUGUUGAAACUAAUGACAAUAUUUCUAAUAAGUUUAACGAUUUAUCAGUAGUUACUGAAAAAAAUAAAUACAUUUCAACAUCUCCACUUACAGAGGAAAAUAAACACCUAUUAUUCUCUAGAGAGACCAUUAUGCCUAUUGUUGUAUCAUCUACAUCUAAAUAUAAAUCAGAUUCUAGUAUAACUGGUGAUAAUUAUAAGCUAAAAUUUACAACUAAACCGUAUACAGACCAAUUUAAUAAGGAAAAAAAUGUUUCGAGUCACGAAGAGAAUAAUAAAAGUCAAUAUGAACCAACUCUUAGUAAUUUUCCAACAACGGUGGCAAUAUUUGAAUCAAAUGAAAAAAUAAUAUCAGAUUUAAAUGAAGCAUCAAAAUCAAAAAACCCAGAUAGAGUCGUAGAGUAUAAUGAUAAUAAUCCAAAAACAAUUUUUUCAGAUGAAGAAACAACUGUAGAAAAUUCAAAUUUAAAUGAAAAAGAAAAUAAUUCCUUAGACGAUAAUUUGAAUUGUUCCUGCAAUAAAAAAAUAAUCAAGAAUAUUUUAAGUUCUUCAAUGGUAACAAAUAUCACUGAAAUAAAAACUGAUCUGUAUACAUCACCGAACAGUUUAAAAAUGAAUAGUCAUAAACGUUCGAAUCAAUUAUUAAGAAAAAAUAGUAAAAUAAAUAAGGCUAAAAAUAUUACAGAUAGAGAAUAUUUAAUAAAAAAUAAAAAGGAUUUGAAUCCUGAUUUUUUGGGGAAAAAACUAGUUAUACAUGAAAAUACAAGAAAAAAUAAUCUUAAAGAAUCAAAUUUAAACUCGUCAUAUGGAUCAAUAUUAAAUAUUGAUGAUAAUCAGUCUAAAGGUACAAACAAUAAAAGAAUAAAUAAAAAUGUAGAAAUUGAUUCAAAAAAUUCUUCAUUCAAAUCUAUGAUUCCGGAAUUAAAACUAAAUGGUCAAACACAAAGAAAUAACGAAGAAAAUAAUAAAAAUUUGGAAAAAAUUAAUAGCAAAAGAAUGUCUUUAAUCCCCAAAACUUUACCACAAAAGAAUACAAGGCAAUUUAAUGUAAAAUUAAAACAUUUUCCACAAAAUGAUGAUACUUCUGUAAGAAAUAAUUACAGAGAAAACAAUAAUAUGAAUAAAAUUAAAGAAAAUAAUAACAUUUUUAAUAAGAGUUCUACUCAAAUAGUAGAUAAGAUUAUUAGUGGAUCUCCACUUCAAAUUAUAUCAAAUAAACAAGUAGAAAAUAUUACAAAAAGGUCUCCGAGAAAAUUUAUUGAAAAAAUGAAAAUUCCAAUAAAUUCAAAAAUACAUACCGAAAGUAAUUUUGGUAAUUACAAUAAUACUAAUUAUAUGACUUCAGCUAAAAAAAUAUUUGCUGCUCCUAGAAUUUUGUCACAGGUGCCAUUAAAAGUUAUCGACAAGCAUUUACCUCAAUCUACACCAAUAAAUCUAGAAAAACUAAUAAAAAGUUAUGACAUUAAUGUAACGAAAAAUAUUCCAAGACAAUUUACUAUAGAAUCAGAUAAGUAUACUACAUUUAAUCCAAAUAAUCGUAUUUUUAAAAAAUUUAAAGUAAAUAACAAUAAAGACAUAAUUUCUCGAAAAGAUAUUUUAAAUACUAAUAAUUUAGACCUUGUAAAAUUACAAAGACCAUCGAGCUUAAUCAAAAAUAUUAAAAGUACUAAAAUUCAAAUGACGCCAGAAAAUAAAAUUACAAAUGUUUAUUCAACAAAAACUCCUUUGUAUGCUAAAAGUAGUAAUACAAGUACUAUCAUAAGUGAACAUAUUUUAAAAUCAAAAAUAUCCAAACCAGUUCCAUCAAUCAAAAAUCAAAAAACAUUUAUUUCUUCAGACACAAUAAAUCAGAUGAAAAAUAACGAAAAUGUUCCAGUAUUAAAAUUAAAUAAAUCGUUAAAUAACUUUAAAAAAAAACCAAAUUCAGAACCAUUAGUUUUAGACAAAACAGAUAAAAUCAAAUACAAUCUUUUUGACAGACCACUUACUUUAACUUUAAAAAAUAAAAAUAUUCUUAACUACCAAUCUCCUAUAGAGCAGGUUUUUAUUAAAAAAACUGAUUCAAAAGAAAAUUUAAAACUAAAAUUUGAUGAUGCUAAAUUGAAUGGUUCAUUGAAAUUUUAUUCUCCAGAACAAUCUCAAGUGGAAGACCUAUAUGAUAAUGAACAUGCACCAUACACAAACGAAGAUCUAGAGCCAAUUUUAUUUGAUGAACCAAUGAAAAAAGCUAACAUAUCAAAUAAAAAUUCUCAAUUUAUCAUUCAAUCCCCAAAUAGCAGACAACUUUCAAAUGGAAACCAAAGGCACCAUAAAUUAGACGUAAAAUUAUUGCAACCAAUGCCAAUCAAUCAAAUAGAAUAUAACGAAAACUAUGAUUCCCAGAUAAAAAAUAAAUUUGAAGUUAAUGUUAAAAACCACAAAAAUCAGUCAGAUUUGAAUAAAUCAAAAAUUUUUCCCAUUAAUACCGUUAUGUUAGACAAUGAUAAAUUUGAUGUAAGUAAUCCUAAUGACGAAUCUUUAAACCCGCAUAGAUUUGGAGUACUUUCGCAAGUGAAAAUAGCCGAUGGUGUGUUUAAGAUACCUUUAGUAAGUCAAACAAGUAUUGAUAAUAAUGGUUCCGAGUAUAUGUCUGAAAUUUUUAUACCAAUUGAAAAACCCGAUGGUAAGCACUCAGCUAUAUCCCUUUCAAAGUUAUUAACUGGUGAUUUUAAAUUAUUGAAUGAGCCCGGAGUAGAACGUCUUUCAGUUAUAAAGCCUGUAUCUGAAAUAGACUCAAAAUUGAGUUCAACGCAUUCUUCAACGGAUUGUGAAAGAAAAGAUCUAAUUAAUUCAAAUCUGUCGAAGAUUCUACAAAUGAUUCAAGAGGGUGAAAAAUCUAUACCUAUACAUAUAAUUCAAAUAAUCAAUAAUGGUCAGUGUUCAUACAGUCAUAACGGUACUGAUACUAUUAAAAAAAUUGAAAAAGACGACGAUGGACAUAAAUUUCAAAAUGAAAGUAGAAAAUUAUCAUUCAUUAGAUCUCAAAAUACGCCUAAUAAUAAUAGACAAAUACGUCGAAAAAUUAAAAAUGCCUACAAUCAUUUUGAUUCAGAAAUUCUAGAUAGAUUUUUACAAGUGUACUCUCCACACAUGGUUUAA